GUUGUUCGGCAACUGCGGAAUAACAUGCUUCUAACAAUCUUUCGCAUGACUUUCAGAUUUUCCUUUUUAUCCUGGGAUAUGUUUGGAUGCCGAUGCAUCGGCCCUGAAUGACGUACUUGUUCACCAAUAAUACAGUGUCUGUUCGCCGAAGUCUCUACUCGAAAGUCUCACAGAUGCCGGCGUCUUGAAAGUCCGCAGGGAAUUGGAAAUCAUCAUCUCAUCGAACAACAUAACAACUUACAAGUCCAACCAUAUACUAGACCCUAUCUCACCUAUUUUGAUAUCAACAAUAUCGUACAAUAAAUCUAACUCACCACAACUAAUUCCUCCAAAAGACUUCAGAACAGACCCAACACAACUUCCAUCAUGUCUGAACUCCCCAAAACCCAAAAGGCCGUAAUCUUCAAUACCAACACAACCCAACUAUCCCUCUCAACCACCGCCCCAGUCCCCACCGGACCGCCGGAGGAACACAUCAUCAAAGUGCACUCAACCGCCAUCACCAACGGCGAACUCACCUGGGGCCCCUUCGUCAAUUGGCCUGUCGAGCACGUCCCCGGCUUCGAUGUAUCCGGUACAAUUGUCACCACAGUCCCCGGCUCCAAGUUCCAAGUGGGCGACAAAGUAUACGGCCGCAUCGGAGCGGCGCGGGAGGGCGCCGCAAGACAGUAUGCGACUAUACUACCCAGCGAGACCGCGCUCGUGCCCGAGGGCCUUGACAUGGUUGAUGCGGCGAGUGUGCCCAUGAGCGCGCAUACUGCUUGGCAGGCGCUUUUCGAAAAGGGGCUGAUCACUGGCUCGUUUUCUCCCAGCUCUGUCCCGCACGUUGGGAAAGACGGGAACUUUGUCGGAGAUCAGGCGAAGGGGAAGAGAGUGCUAGUCCUCGGGGCGGCCGGUGGUGUAGGGUUCCUUGCGGUACAGUUUGGGAAGCUUGCUGGAGCGACGGUAUUUGGGACGGCGAGUGCGAGGAACCGGGAGCUUUUGGAAGGAUUGGGUAUUGAUGGGGUGAUUGAUUACAAUAAGACUUCUAUGAAGGAUUGGAUUUCGGGAGAUGAAGAGAAAAAGUUUGAUCUUGUGUUCGAUUGCGUAGGUGGGAAGAGUAUGCUGGAUGGGUGGAAUGCUGUGAAGGAGAACGGCGUCUAUGUCUCUGUUGUGGUAGGCUUCAAGGAACCUGAUGAGGGCAAGCCGGCUGGUGUGAAGAGUAUAUGGUUCAUCAUGGAUGCUCGAGGGCCGGAGCUUGAGGCCAUCGGUAAAAUUAUCGCGAAGGGAUUGAUAACUACUAGCGUGGACAGCAUCUGGGCGAUCGAGGAGUACGAAAAUGCUUUCAAAAAGACAGCCACAGGCCACGCAAAGGGCAAGGUUGUCAUCAAGGUGACGGACAAUUGAACUGAAACGGCUUUUGGGAUUUUUGGUAGGGACAAAAUUGGCGGCGCAAUAACUCCACUCUUCCUGUAUCUUUUACACCCGACUAGUAGAUAGAUGAAUACUCUUUGAACCCGUCUU